CGGUGCGGGGCCGGGCUGGGCGGCCGGCCCCCGUGGAGGUUGGCCCUCCUCUUCCUCAGCCCGGCGCGGCUGCCGGCGGGGGGCUGGCAGCUGUCUUUCUCCACAACCUGCGCGAGGUGGUCAAAGAACAGGCGGCUGAGGCAAAAGAGAGUCAUUUCGGAAAGGAAACUGACACGCUAUUUCGUGGAUCACCGGAAAGUGCGUGUGGUUGGAGGACGAGGAGGAGAAGGGGGUUGUUCUUUUUAUAGUGAACCCAGAAAAAUAUUUGGAGGUCCUGGUGGUGGAAAUGGAGGUGAUGGUGGUCACGUCAUUUUGAAAGCUGACCAGCAAAUGAAAUCACUCUCUUCAGUCCUCCCCUUCUAUCAGGGUUUUCAUGGAGAGAGAGGAGGAAACAAAAAUUGUUACGGAGCUAAUGGUGCAUAUAUGUAUAUUAAAGUCCCUCUAGGUACAGUGGUUAAGGAGGAUGGGAAAGUUGUGGCAGACCUUGCUCAACAUGGUGAAGAGUAUGUUGCAGCUUAUGGAGGAGCCGGAGGAAAAGGUAAUCGCUUUUUUCUUUCCAAUGAAAACCGAGCUCCAACAUUAUCUACUCCAGGAGAGCCAGGUCAGGAAAGGGUCCUCCAUUUGGAACUGAAGACAACAGCUCAUGGAGGAUUGGUGGGCUUUCCUAAUGCUGGCAAAUCGUCACUUUUGAGAGCAAUCAGCAGGGCAAAGCCGGCAGUGGCUGCCUACCCAUUCACAACCCUAAAUCCCCACGUUGGCAUUGUCCACUAUCAAGACUAUGAGCAAGUAGCAGUUGCUGACAUUCCUGGCCUAAUAAAAGGUGCUCAUCAAAAUAGGGGCCUCGGGAUGGCCUUCCUAAGGCAUAUUGAACGCUGCCACUUUCUCUUGUAUGUGGUGGAUCUCUCUGUGUCUCAGCCGUGGAUUCAGCUGCAAGACUUAAAGUACGAACUGGAACAAUAUAAAAAAGGAUUGUCUGAGAGGCCUUGUGUUGUCAUCGGGAACAAGAUUGACCUUGCUCAGUCCAGGAUCAAUCUGCCACUCCUUAAAGAACAGAUAGAUACCCGGGUCAUUGCACUGUCUGCAUUGACAGGAGACAACCUAGAGGAACUGUUGCUGCAUUUGAGAGAACUGUAUGAUGCUUAUGUGAAGACAGAACAAUCACGAGGGCAAAGCCCAGUCAAGUGCUUCAAAGUACUUCACCUAAAUGCGUGUGGAGAAGCACGGCAAUACAUGACUCACUGAAGGGAUGCCCAGUUCAGAUGCCGCUUCGCAUCUCCUCCACAAAAUCCUCCACUAUCCAUUCUGCCCUCGUCAUGUUGUUGCAGUCCAUUUUAGCAUCCAGGAGCUUUUGGUGAGCCAACUCAGUUUAUCUUCAGGGGUUUUCUGAAGGCAUUCAGGAUUUUUUUUCCACAGUAAAUAAAACUUGAUUUGUAGAUGAGUAACAAAAAUUGCCACGUGAAACAGUUUAUUAACCAGUGCUGCUAAUUCAUUUAUAUUAUCACUAAUUAAAUGUUCUAAAGAUAGGGAUUUAUUUAAUGCUUAUUAAAGGUAUUGAAGUGGCUUAUGAAACUGAUCAACAGAAAACAGUUCUAGAAUUGUAUAUUAAGACUAAAUUAAGUUCGUGCUACAGAAGUUAAUUUGCUAAUGUAUUUAGUCUGGAACAAAACCAGUAAUACGUUUAACUAACCAGGUCGCUUGAUGAAUUAAGUGCACAGUUGGAAAUUUGCUUUUAGUGAUUAUUCAAGCUAAAAAAUAGAUAUAUACCCACUUUCAUGUUAGUAAAGCCUGAGUGCUUAUAUAUUAAUGGAGAAAAUAAUUGCAGAGAGUCACAAAUAUAAUUGAAUAUAGAAGGAACUUGUUCAGAUUUUCUCAAAAUAUUUUAUGCCUGUUCUUUGGUCAUUAAUGUAUCUGCUUUUUUAAGGCAGUUUAGUAGAUCCUGUCAGCACACAAAUACUUCUGCAAAGAUUGUUGUACAAGUGGCAUUUAGGCUAACUAAAGUUCAUGUUUUGGAUUUGGAGGAGGCAAUUCUUCUGUUGUAGUAUGUGCUGAUUUGAACACUUGUCAUGCCACAGCUGUCAGUGAUAAAUAUUGAUUAGAAAUUUUUCCUAUUUACAAACUGUGAUUGAAAAGUACUCUACUAAAGUGGUGCAUAGUGAUGGUACUCUGUGAAUUAAUUGCUGAGAUGAAAACAUGGUUAUUAAGAUGAGUUGAUCAUAAUGACCUUAAAUAGUUGAUUUCCCAGUUUUUAGCCUCCUCUUCAGUACUUUAGCUGGGGCAACCUCUCAAGAGACGAAUGAAGGGUGAUUAUAUUUCUAGUUUUUUCAAAGCAAAUUAUUUUAAAACCCAUGUUCUCAGAAACUAUUUUUGAGAUAGUCUCUUGGUAGCAGGAGUCAGGAGCAUGGGGGACUUCUGAGGGGGAAUUUCUAAGGGAUUUCAGCUCUUUUUCUGAAAUAGAUGAACUGUUCUGCAUAAUUCAGUCUGCAUGGCUUCUUCUGAGUGAGAACUUCAGGAAGGAUAUGUUGGGCAUUUUGGUCCUCUGCUGAGGUUUUAAUUUACCUUGUUGCUGUAGACUUGCAGUGACAGUCAUCCAUGUGUGCUUGGGUUCAGCCUUUCCCUUACUCUAGAGUUAGCUGUAUGUCAGCAUUCUUCUGUCUGUGUAGUUCUGUAAAGUACUUUGCAACCUUUGUUUCGAUUAGAAGUAGUAUCAGCAGCAACAAAGGAUUUUCUUACUUGUUACUUCCAUGAAAACUCUGGAAUAACAGCUUAAUUCCUAGUUCUUGGAUCUCUUAACAUAGGCUUCAUGCAAGUAUAAAUAUUACUUUAUCGCUGUAUAUUUAAAUAGAAGCUGUAUCAGAGAUACUAAACAGUGCUUUAGCUGUAGUGCUCUAUUAAAUUUGUGCUUCUUAGAGUGUAAAUUAUUUUCAUAAUGGAGGGUAAUUGCUCUGCUUUGUCAAUCCAUCGUCAGUUCAUGAACACUGCAGCGUGUACGUGCAACCUCAUGUUCAAGGAAUUAUAUAUGCAACUCCCAUUAUUGUUUGUUGUUCAAUAAACA